AUGGCGCAUGACUACCGGUCCCCACUUGACCACGAGAACAAAGAGCUGAUAAGGUUCGACAACCCGCGCCGUGAUCCCAGGAGAGCUCAUAGUAUAUUCCAUAAUCCACCGACCGAUGCGCCAGUAGAUUACGUUGAUACCGCCACCAGCUUUCUCGAAGCCGAAUACGCAGACCCCAAUUCGCCCAUCCACCAAAAUCCUAAAUUACCAACCCCGCCGAAGUCUGAUGAAGCCCCUUUCAAACCUCUCAAAACAGCCGACGAUGUCUUCAACGCCGCUCGGAUAUGGCUCAAGUGUCCCCUAGACCAUGCUAUCGUAAUAAGAUACCCUACCGAACUCACGCAACGCAACGGCUACCUAGGCGACGGGUUGGUAACGCUAUAUUACGAAAGUUUCACAAGGACGCACGCGCCGAAAAUGGUCAUGAUGAUCGAAUGGUUGAGUCCGCACAAACUGGCCAGUAUCGUCCAAGGCAAUGUGAUUGACCGACGCUACGUGGAAGAGGCAGAAGUGCUGGACUCCCGGUAUAUUGCUCUUUGCGAUUACGAACAUCUUGUGCUCUUGGACUUUGGGUCAUUUUCCGAGCCUCAUGUGCUCCGUGUUACGGCUGUUCCAAGGGAUUCGAUGCGUCUGGCGUUUUUGGGCUUCCUACUUGAAGCAUGCCAUGCGGUAAUAGGCGAGCCAGGCCGCAGCCCGCCAUAG